GAUUCAACACAUACGACUUUUGAGACUCUAAAGCAGCUUUAAGUCCUUGGCGUGCGUCAUUGCGCAGUGGCGCGUCCUGCCCUCGGUGGUUAAUGGAAAUCUGCUGACAGAGCACAACCAGCUGAUGGUGCAUAUGUUUGCGCGGAUCAGCAGGUACUGCUUUAGAAAAUAGAGCAGAGGAAACGUGAAUGGAAGCGAAGGUUUUAGCAGCGGAAAACUGAAGAAGAAUUCAUUCUCUUGAGGACUGUUAUUUCCAGGAUGCGCUGACGGACGCGUGAAGUGACAUGAUCCCCGCGACAGAUCGGAUCAGAUAAAUUGGACCAGGCCUCUUCUCUCCGUUAGCAGUCAUGGCUCACUCUGUAGCUGGAGGGACAGUACUCACCAUCCUUCUCAUUAGCAGGUUGUUAGAGAACUCACUGCUCAACGCAGAAGUGAAGGAAGGAGAGAUUCUGCCUCCUACCAUUCAGAGGCUGAUGAAAGGAUACAACAAGUAUCUCAGGCCUUUCUUUGACAACGGUCCUGUGACGGUGGGAAUGAGUUUGGAUAUUGCUAGCAUUGACACCAUCUCUGAGAUUAACAUGGACUACACUGCCACCAUAUUUCUCCGCCAGCGCUGGACGGACGAGCGUUUGGUGUUUGAGGGCAACAAGAGCCUGAGCCUUGAUGGACGGCUGGUAGAGCUCCUCUGGGUGCCAGACACUUUUAUUGUUGACUCCAAGAAAUCCUUCUUGCAUGAUAUCACCGUGGAGAACAGAUUGAUCCGCAUCUUCCCCAAUGGGACCGUCCUUUACGCUCUAAGGAUUACCACUACAGUGGCAUGCAACAUGGAUCUGACGAAGUACCCAAUGGACAAGCAGACCUGCACGUUACAACUAGAGAGCUGGGGCUACAACAUCAAUGAUGUUAUGUUCUAUUGGACUCGAGGAAAUGAGUCUGUGAGUGGCUUAGACACUCUCCAACUGGCUCAGUACACUGUAGAGGACCAUUACACAUCAGUCUCAGAGGCAGUCUAUGAAACGGGCCAUUACCCCAGACUGGUUUUCCACUUUGAGCUGAAAAGAAGCAUUCUGUAUUUCAUUCUGGAGACUUAUGUCCCGUCCAGCCUGUUGGUGGUUCUCUCAUGGGUUUCUUUCUGGAUUUCCUUAUCAUCUGUUCCAGCUCGAAUUUGUAUAGGAGUGACCACAGUUCUGACUAUGACCACCCUGAUGAUGGGAGCCCGGACAUCACUGCCCAAUGCCAACUGUUUCAUCAAGGCCAUCGAUGUCUACUUGGGAAUCUGCUUCAGCUUCAUAUUUGGAGCUCUCAUUGAAUACGCUGUGGCCCACUUCUGCACUCUAACUCACCCCGAUGCUCACUUGCUGAUGUAUGGCCACCAAAUGCACGACAUGGAUGACGAAAUGAAUGGCAUGGUCACCACCAUUUCCACUCACUCCAACAGAGCAAAGAGACGCAAGGAGCCUUCUGUCCCCUCUACCCCAGCUCCUGCCUCAACAGAACUCACUGUCAGCCCCUCCAGUCCUUCAGGCAGUGAGCCCAAGCCUGAAGCUCCCCCUGCAGAACCCGCCAACUGGUGCCUCACCACUCUUGCUACACUUCGCAAAAUCCUUCGCUUCGUAAGCUGCUGUCAUAUCAAAAAUCCCCACCACAUAGACAACUACUCAAGAGUUACCUUCCCUUUGUCUUUUGUCAUGGUCAACCUGCUCUACUGGACUUAUUAUCUGUACUUCUAGUAUUGGCCUAAGAGCAGCAAUGUCUCUUAGUGAGUGUCAGGCAGAGUGUAUGUAGACAAGGAGUGUAUUUUACUGUGUGUAUGAAUACAAAGCGUUAAGGUGUGUUAAGAGAGGUUUAUACAGUUCAUACAUUUGGUUUUUUGAGCAAAG